UGUUUGACUGCUUUGUGUGACUGAUUUAGACGAAAUGGAAAAUGGGUAUGCAAAGGUCUUGUCGCCAAGAAAGAGUGCCAAGCUGAUAGCAGAAAUUAGUCAAGAUGUAAAAGUUAUAGAUGAGGGCGUAGACAAUAUCGCUCAACAUAUGUAUGAGUGUGCUAAGAAGAAUACCUACACUAUACAGUCCUGGCGAACGGAGCACGAAUUAAACCCGCGGAAGCAGGACGAGUCAGCCCUGGACUGGGUAUUUGUAGCAGACACAUUGAACUUUUCCUUCUGGUCGGACGACGAAUCUCAGAAAUACCGCAUCAGAUAUAACGGGAGAGAGUACACGGGCUACUGGUCAUGGUGCGCGGCCCUCAAUAGAGCUUUGGAGAAAGGUGUCAAAAUAACAGAUGCCAAUUUCUACGCCGACAUUACAGAGAAGGAACUUGCAGAGGUCCUGAAAUCAGACUCUGAUAUACCAAUACCAUUGUUACAACAAAGAGUGUCAGUUCUGAGAGAAGCAGGAAAAGUCUUACUGGAAAAAUAUGAUGGUAAGUUUUCAAACUGCAUUAAGGCUUGCAAUAAAAGUGCACAAUCGUUGCUGCGUCUGGUUGUCCAGGAUUUCCCCUCCUAUAGAGAUGAAGCUGAUUACGAAGGAAAGAGAGUGUCAUUUUACAAGAGAGCCCAGAUUUUAGUUGCUGAUGUUUGGGCAUGCUUUGAGGGGAAAGGUUUUGGGGAAUUUUACGACAUAGACACAAUCACUAUGUUUGCAGACUACAGAAUUCCCCAGGCUUUGUACCACUUCGGAGCAUUGUCUUACAAUAAAGAACUUAUGAAAUAUCUAAAAGAUGGGCAUAUGAUGAAAUCUGGAGACCGAUAUGAAGUAGAGAUUCGUGGAUGUAGCAUUUGGGCUACUGAACUUGUCGCUGAGAAAGCAAGGGAAUUAAUUAAGGAAGAUUCCUCAUUGAAAGAUGUAGUGAUGAAUUCUAUUUUGAUUGAUCAUUACCUGUGGGACUUCAGACGAGACCACGCAGAGGAAAUGCGUGAUAAUAUUCCAUUUCAUCGCAUUCGAUGCAUUUACUACUGAAAAAAUAUUAUAUACCUAUUAUGUGUUGUCUUUUAAAAAUAAAACUUUAAAGAACUUUU